AUGACCGCCUGCAUGAAAAGUAAGCACGUUAAUCCGUUUGUUGGAUUGAUUCGUAAAUAUAGUGUCAAUGCGAAUCAGUUGAUGGCGCUAUUAUUGAAAGCUACGUUUAAGCUAUCUCAGCAAUCGUUGGUAAAUUUCGGACUGAAAUUCGUGGAAAUAGCUCGACAAGGACUGGGUUGCCAUGGUUCUGAGCACGAGGAGCGUCUUUUCAUGGCUUUAAUGAGUAACUACAACAGCUUGAUUCGUCCAGUGAAAUUUCCCAACGAGAUUCUUAAUGUCACAUUUGGUUUGUCAAUAUCGCAGCUAAUAAAAGUGGAUGAAAAGAACCAGAUUAUGACAGCCAGCAUGUGGGUUAAGCAGAAAUGGCGUGAUUUCCAGUUGGUAUGGGACCCCGAUCAGUUCGGCGGUCUCACUGUCUUGCACGUGCCUUCCAAUAUGAUAUGGAUGCCUGAUAUAGUACUUUAUAAUAAUGCGGAUGGUCCAUAUGACGUCACGAUGAUGACGAUGGCGAUUAUUUACAGUGAUGGGACAGUUUACUGGGUACCGCCUGCGGUUUACAAAAGUUCGUGUCAAAUCGACGUGGAUUACUUUCCCUUCGAUGAACAGCACUGCAGAAUGAAAUUCGGUUCAUGGACCUACGAUGGGGACCAUGUGGACCUGGGUGCCAUAUCUGAUAAAAUAGAACAGGAAGACUACUGGGAGAACGGGGAAUGGGAGAUUGUGGAAACGCCUGUCGAGCGUCAUGCUUUAAAAUAUCCGUGUUGCGCGGAAAUCUACGUGGACUUGACCUUCACGAUGGUUCUUCAUCGGAAACCGUUGUUUUACAUCGUCACACUGGUGUUACCUUGUUUACUAAUCUCGGUGUUGACGGUUUUCGUGUUCUACAUCCCGUCCGACUGCGGUGAGAAAAUCACGCUGUGUAUUUCAGUAUUACUAGCACUUAUUGUGUUUCUACUGCUGAUAUCGGAGAUCAUCCCACCCACCUCUAAAACAAUUCCUCUCAUCGGGAUUUAUUUACUCUUCACGAUGGUGUUAGUCAGUCUGUCAAUCAUUGUUACCGUCAUAGUGCUGAAUAUUCAUCAUCGUACAUCGACCACUCAUACGAUGCCUGAGUGGGUUAAGAGGUGGUUCCUACGCCGCCUACCAUCACUGCUGUUCAUGCAGAGGCCACGGUAUAACAAGAAACGUGCACAUGGUAAGUUGAAGGAGGUAUUAAGGCAGUCUAGAUCCAAUACAAGUCAAAGUGUGGCGGUUUGCUGUGAACCUCUUUCUAAGCCAAUGAAUGGCGACCCGAGGUCACAAUCUAUCCCAGUGCUUCUUGCGCAAAAAACGCGGGAAAAAAUAACCCCGUCACUACGCGAGGAAAUAGAGUGGAGAGAGCGUCACCGGAUCAAGCAUGAGCGAGGUCACGAUAAUGAUGGCAAUAAAGAAGAAGAUGAUGACGAUGAAGCUUACACAAUUCCAUUUGAAUUAAAAGGUGCAAUUGGUCAUAUUAAUUACAUUGUGGAGCAUCUGAAAGAAGAAGACAGGGUAGAGGAGAUAAGCGAAGAUUGGAAAUUCGUUGCUAUGGUGAUCGACAGAAUUUUUUUAUGGUUAUUUGUAAUAGUGUGUAUCAGCGGUACGUGCUCUAUUUUACUGGAUUCUCCGGUGAUCUGGGAGAACGGCACGGAACAUAAACGUUAUCAGCCGGAAAAACCGAUCAUUCAAGUUGUAGAAACGCCUCCAUAUCAACCACAAACUACUUGA